AUGAAGCGGGCGUCGAGUGCAUCCGCUGCAGCUGCUGCGACCGCUGCUGCCUCGCAGGUGCAGCCUGCGGUCAACUUACAGGGCAGGAUACACGAUCUCUUUAGCCCGAUAACGGCGGCGGCGGCGGCAGGUAGCGCGAGCAGAGAAGAAAACGAAAAGCUCGCUGGAACGGCCAAGGUAUUGGUCAAGGGGAAUCGGAACGAUGACGCUAAGGCUAAGUCCACAACUAUGUCGCGGCUCAUAGCUGUCGACUCUGACAAUUACAUGCUGCGGAAAGGCGCCACCUCGGUAAACGCUACUUCCGUCGCCUCGACGUCCACCGUCGUCGCAACGAUCGUGCCGUCGAAUUCGAUAUCGAACAGCGCCUCCUCCACCACGAUCAGCCCGAAUCUGCAACUAUAUCCCAGACAGCGUAAUUUCCACGCUAAUCUAUUCGUUAUAACGAAUAGCGGGACUUACAGCGAUCUUCAAACUGUUACUCCACGAACUGUCUCUACCAGCGACCAAUCACCCAAAGGAAGUGUUGCGUUGUCCCUACUCAAACGACACUCGCGCCUUUUUGGCCAGGAAUACGCGCGUCUUUGGCCAAACGGAUUGUUCCCUUGUGCGAGAACAUCCUCGUUCCAUCAAUAUCUGUGCUCGUGCGAGCAUUCGCCAUCGCAACAGAAUGGCGCACCAUCGGUGAAUAGCGUUCUCGCUCACGAUCUAAUGGCAGAGGAUGGUGUCUAUUCGAAUUUAGUCGGCCACGAGAGCUUCGGCGAUAGCGGGCAGCGUGUCCUUGAUAAGGAUACCGGCACCAUUCGCGAGUCCACUAUUGUACGCAAUUUAUGCUGUUGCAUGUGCGGUUCUCUAUGCCCUCCAGAGUGCCAUGCGUGCUUCCACGUGGUCUGCUCGGACUACAGCGGGCAGCACCUCUGCCAAUGGAGUAGCAAGGGUCACGCGCUACCGGGCCAGCCCGUGAACGAGUGGACGUCUCUAAACGUUGUUGAGUGGAUGGCUGCCCUAAAUCUCUACCGCUAUGCGGAUGUUUUCAAGUCUAAAGACAUCAAGGGGAGCGAUCUUCCUUUCCUCGAUCGGGAUAAGCUGAUGAAUAUGGGCAUCAAGGAUGAUUUCCACCAGAAGACCAUUUUGGCCUGCAUCGAGGAGCUCUGUCAUGCCCCGUCGACGAGCGCCACGUUGUCGGAGGCGGCCACCACGGCCACGUCGAACACGUCUUCCGGCGAGGCGGUCACUGGUGGCAGCGGCUCCGUGGCCACCGGCAAUUCGCCGCACACCCUCAUGCCUCAGAGCUUCAGCGUACUGGAGAAGUGCGAUAAGUGCCAUAAAUACCUCAGGGGCCUCUUGCACCAAGGCUUUCUCUGUUUAGAUUGCGGUCUGGUAGCUCAUAGGACGUGUACGGCGACGGGUUUACCCUCCAACUGCAUGCCAGUCGAUUCGGAAAAUCGUGCCCAUAGAUUUACUCCAGUAUUUGGUCUUGGCCUGUGCUCGCAAUUCGACAUCUCCUCGCGCUCGGCUCCUCUGUUGGUGGAGCGAUGCACCAGUGCCUUGGAGGAGAAGGCAUUCGAGGACAGCACGCUGGAUUUGUACAAAGUCUACCACAGUAGUCCUCCGAACGAGCAAACGUUGGAAUUACGGCAAAAAUUGAACGAAGAUGUAUGUAACGCCGAUUUAAGUUCAUACAGUGCUCAGUGUAUAGCGAGCGUUUUGAAAAAGUUUCUACGUGAAUUGCCAGACCCUGUGAUCCCUGUACAGUUUUACGACAGAUUUAUAGAAGCAUCCAAUAUGAAGAACGAUGAGCAGUGUGCAGUACGCUUGGGACAGCUCGUUUCGGAGCUUCCAGAUCAUCACCGUAGUACCUUGUUUCAUCUGAUGGCCCAUUUUUGUAGAAUCUGUCAAUUACAACACGGAAGAGGUUACACGGAGCCUCCCACCAUCCUUAUACAAGUGCUGUGUCAUAUUUUCGUUAGACCUCCUUGGGAACGGAUCGUGCAAAUUGUUCACAAUAUCGAGGCGCAUAUACGAAUAGUGGAGGUGUUGUUGUUGCACGGCGAUUGGAACGAGAGACUGCCUCAAUUUGCCAGUCCACCGCAGCUACCACCGCGAAAAGUUUCGAGGCCGCAGUUUCCAGUUUUAGAUCCAUUUUCUGUUCUCGAUGAGGAUAAUUCUGUAGAGCGGACAAUGUCCGUCUCGGAGAGCAAGGAACCACAGCAGCAACCGCACAGGCCACGCACGCUUCAAGAAGCUGAAUGGUAUUGGGGUGAUAUCACGAGGGACGAGGUGAACGAGAAGAUGAUCGAUUCGCCGGAUGGCACUUUUCUAGUACGCGAUGCGUCUUCGAAGGGUGGAGAGUACACACUGACAUUGCGUAAAGGUGGGACCAACAAGCUUAUCAAGAUUUGUCAACGGAACGGAAAAUACGGCUUCUCGGAGCCGUAUAACUUUCAUUCGGUUAUCGAGUUGGUGGAUUACUACAGGAAUUGUUCUCUGGCGCAGUAUAAUUCAACGCUGGAUAUUAAACUGUUGUAUCCUGUAUCCCGGUUUCAACAGGACGAUGAAAUCGCAAGUACAACAGAUAUGGCGAACGUCGCCCAGAAAUAUGUCGAACUUGAUAAAGAGAUAACCGAUGCGUUGAAAGAAUAUAAAGAACUUUCGGAAUUGUACAAUAGAACGUCUUUUGAGGUCCAGUUGAAACGACAAGCGUUAGAAGCUUUUUCAGAGGCUAUCAAAAUGUUCGAGGAUCAAAUGAAAUUGCAAGAGAAAUUCCAGAAAGAAGCACAACCGCAUGAAAUAUCAACAUUAAUCGAUAAUGCUGAGUUGUUGAAACGAAGAUUGAAAUCUUUAGAAGAUAGCAGGGAACAGUUGGAUUGUAGUUUGAAAGAACAGAUCGCGUAUAAUAGAACUUUGGAAAGAGAAAUGCACAAAUUGAAACCUGAACUCUUGCAGCUUGUACGUCAAAGGGAUAAACAUUUAAUAUGGUUGAAAAAGAACGGUAUGAAACAAAAUAAAAUAAGCCAACUCGUGCUAAAUCAUUCGUUGUCGAAUCCUUUAUUGGGUGACUUGGCGUAUGGUGAUCUUCAAGAAGUGGAUCUUGAAGUUCAUUCCGACGAAACGACGUGGCUUUAUCUUGAAUGUUCUCGUUCCGAUGCCGAUCGAAUUCUGGCUGAGAAAUCGGAUGGUACCUUCCUUAUUCGAACAUCAAGAACGGGACAAUACGCACUUUCCAUUAUGUGUAAUGGUACAGUGAAUCAUUGCAUAAUAUACGGUACCGAACGUGGUUUUGGAUUCGCUGAACCGUACAACAUCCACAAGAGUUUGAAACAUUUGGUGCUACAUUACGCUCAGAAUUCUUUGGAGGAACACAACGAGAGUCUUAACACGACUCUAGCUUAUCCAGCUUUCGCUUCACCUGCGGCAUUGUCGCAGUUACAGGCUCAACAGAUGCAAUUGCAAAUGAAAAUGCACACCCAAAACCAAUUACAAUUGACACGUCCUCUUGAAAAUCAACAUUAUAUGACGCACACGUAAUGCUCGUGCGUCGAUCAAUAGAAUUACAAGGAUAUUAGGAUGUAUGUGUGCGUGAAAGUUUUCUCGAUUACCACUGAGGCUUAAUUUAGAAAUCGAAAGUUAACCAAGUGAUGAUAAAUGGUUUUUGGAGUAGACUUGCGAAAGAGUGAUCGAAAAGUGAGGCCUUUUCCCGCCUGUUUUUAGUCCUUUAAUUUUGGUAUCAAAUGAUCACUGAGAUGUCAAUCACUGCAAAUUUUCGAAUUGAAUCGACGAUUGCUUUUUGAGACAUAAGGACUCAAAGAUGUCCACGUAACCCAUCAGUUUGUGUGCUUCGAUGUGCAGACUUUUAUGGAUUUAUCAAGGAUUUGGCUGACUUAAACUUAGAUUCAUAAUUGUGAUAUAAAUUAUUUCUUUAUUCUUUUAAAUACGUUCUUUUAAAUAUUUGUUUUUAUCUAUAUAGUAAUUAUUAA